AUGUUGGAAAAAAGUGAAACGCGGGUGACAAAUCCGGUGGUCGCCGAUCAAAUUUCAAAUUUCGUUCUGACCUCCACUUUAGAUGUGAAUAUUCAAGAUGAAGAGAUUCAUGGAAACGAUGUCACUUCACCGUCGAUCUUGAUCAACGAAAUCACGGCACCAGCUAGCGAGCAAAAACAGGAGAUUACACCAGUAGAGCAACUUCAUCCUGAAGCCGAGAAUUAUAAGCCUAAUGAAGUGAAGAGCCAAGAGCAACUCAAUAGUCAAGGAGGUGCUAGAGGAUGGGUGAAGAACUCAGGCAAAGUGGCGUUCUUCGCAAUUACGGGUUUGGUCAUCCCGGUUCCAACAUUGGUCGCUGUUCCGGUUUUGGGAGCAUUGGGGUUCACGUCCUUAGGCUCAAUCGCAGCUGGAGCGCAAGCUGCUGGAGGGGCAGCUGCAGCCGGAGGGUUAUUUGCCACUCUGCAGAGCUCCGCCGCCGCCGACUGGCAAUCUGAUAUCGGUGAUGUCUCCGCCGGUAGUAACUUUGCGGACAACCAAAGCGAAGCCAUGAGCGGUGGUAAAUAA